AUGGGUUUCAUUUAUGAAGCAAUGGAUAAGGCCAAAGAGGUAAUUCAAAGAGCUUUCAAUAACAAUGAAGGGAAGUAUAAGGAUAUCCUUGCAAUCAUUGAUAAAAGAUGGGAUUGCCAACUUCACCACCCUUUGCAUGCAGCGGAUUAUUAUCUAAAUCCGAAGUUCUUUUACACCAAUCCAAACAUUUACAAUGAUAAUGAAGUGGUGGAUGGCCUCUACAAAUGUAUUGAUAGGCUUAGUGAAGAUGAUAAUUUUGUAAUUGAAGUUCACAAACAAUUGCUAGUGUAUAAAAGGGCUAGAGAGAGGUUUGGUAUGACUGUAGCAAUGAAAGCAAGGACUGAAAUAUCUCCUAUUGAGUGGUGGAAAUUGUGUGGAGGGAAAACACCACACUUGCAAACCAUUGCCAUUAAAAUUUUAAGUUUGACCUGUAGCUCAUCAGGAUGUGAGCGUAAUUGGAGUACCUUUGAGCAUAUUCACUCAAAGAAGAGAAGUAGGCUUGAGCACCAAAAGCUUCAAGACUUGGUUUAUGUUAAGUAUAACCAAACUCUUCUAGAUCGCUUUGAGUGUCAUGAUGUGAUUCAUCCUAUUGCUUUAAAUGAUAUUGAUGAUAACAAUGAGUGGUUAUUGGGAGAAUUGGAAGGAGAAGAAGCUGUUAAUGAUUUGGUUUUUGAUGAUGAUGAUGAUUUGAAUUAG